AUGUCAAGAUAAAAUGACAAAUAACCUUAAACUGUACGUUAGCCAAACAAAGGUAUUUUCAAAAAAUCUAAACUACUCAACAAAAGGGAUUCAAUGCUGAAGAUUAUGCCAAACCUCCUCAUUUAACAAAAGAGGAAGUCUUAGAAGUCAAAGUAUGAUAAAAUUAUAAUUGUAAUUAAGCUUUUGAUAUUUUCGAUAAUGAUGGAAUUGAGAGAAGCCUUUGAGGCAUCUGGAAUUAAAACAUAUCACAAUAAAUUUAUUUAUCAAGUAUUAGGUGAAUUGGACACUGAUAAUUCUGGAGGAAUUGAUUUUGAAGAAUUUUUACAUCUAGCGACAGCUAAAAUUAGUGAUAAAGAUACACGAGAAUAAAUUCAAAAAGUAUUCAAUUUAUAUGAUUGGAACAAAGAAGGUAGAAUUACUUGGGAUGAACUCAAAAGAGUAGCUUAAGACCUGGGAGAAGAAAUGACAGACGAAGAAAUUUAGCAUAUGUUUAAGAAAGCUGAUUUGGAUGAUGAUGGAUUUGUUACUUUCGAUGAUUUUUAUAAUCUAAUGACCUAAAAAGAGUAUGGAAAGUAAUGA